GGCGCUUGAAGCUCUCAACUCAUCCCCUCCGCCGCCGCCCCCCGCCCCUCUCCGCUGCCGCGACGUCAUGGAGGAUCAUCUCCACCCUGUUCAAGACUCUAAUUGGAAUAAAGGCAAGCGUUCUAAGCGCCCACGAAGCACCACCACUGAUGACGACGUCGACACCACUCUAGAUCUUCCACCUACCGAGGAGGAGUACUUAGCCUUCUGUUUGAUGUUGCUUGCUAGUGGCAACCCCGCCACCACCCUACCACCGCCGCACCAUAAUAAUAAUAAUACUAAUACUAAUACUUACAAGUGUAGCGUCUGCAACAAGGGGUUUGGUUCUUAUCAAGCACUUGGUGGGCAUAAAGCAAGUCAUCGGAAGAAUAGUAUUAACGCCGGUUCCGAUGAUCAGCACCCGUCGACAUCCUCUGCCACCUUCUCUACUUCCUCCGUUUUGAAGCCUACUGGCAGAGCCCACGAGUGUUCCAUCUGCCAUAGAUCAUUCCCCACCGGCCAGGCACUCGGUGGUCACAAAAGACGUCACUACGACGGCAACAACCCCACAACCUCUGCUAAUUCCUCCACCCCUACCCACCCACGUGAUUUUGACUUGAAUUUGCCUGCUUUCCCUGAAUUCCAAUUGGGUUUAAGCGUCGAGUGUAGUGGGAAGAAAAGUCAAUUGUCGAUGAAGGAACAAGAGGUUGAAAGUCCACUUCCGAUGAAGAAACCACGUCUGUCGAUCAUGGCAGAUUAAUUCAAGAUAAUUAACCUCCUCAUUCAUCAUCAUCAUCAAAUUCGUUGGGUUUUUUUUUUAUAAAUUACAGUUAUGAUUAGAAUUGAUGGAUGUACAUAGAAUUCUUGUUUUCUUGAUCAUCGUUGAUAAAAAUAUACAAUUGAUUUGAUUGAUUUAA